AUGCCCACCGGAGCGCUCGACGGAACGCCCAAUGGAGGGGUCGCCGGAGCAGGGCCGUCCGGUGAACUUGGCGAGGUGCAGGGCGUGCUGGAGCACCUCCGCAAGCGGCAGGCCGAGAGCCCGGGAUUCUUCUACGCGAUGCAGGUGGACGGCGGCAACCGCGUCACCGGCGUGUUCUGGGCGGACGCGAGGGCGCGGGCGGCGUACGGGAGCUUCGGGGACGCCGUGACGCUCGACACCACGUACCAGAAGACAAGGUACAUGCCGCCGGUCGCGGUGUUCCAGGGCGUGAAUCACCACCUGCAGGGGGUCACGCUCGGGUGCUGCCUACUCAUGGACGAGACCAAGGCGUCCUACCUCUGGCUGCUCGACACAUGGCUCGCGGCGAUGGGCGGCGGCCGCCGCCACCCCGGCCUGCUGGUGACGGACCAGGGCAAGACCAUGGAGGCGGCGGUCGCGAGGGUGAUGCCGGACACCCGCCACCGCUUCUGCCAGCGGCACAUCCUGAGCCGGUGCAAGCAGAAACUGUCUGAGCCGUAUGCCAAGCAUGCCACUCUGAAGGCUGAUCUCAAGGAAUGCGUCUGCGGCGCGGAGACGAUUGAGGAAUUCGAGGCCCAGUGGGAGUGUGUGCUUAAUAAGUACAAUCUCCGCGAAAAUGUUUGGCUCGAGUCACUGUAUGAUUCCAGGCAGCAAUGGGCUUGGGUGUACCAGAAGGGUUUCUUCUUCCCUGUGCUACUCAAGUCACAACGAUCGGAGAGCUUGAACAAGUUCUUCAAGGUGCAUUUCAACGCGAAGACCCCAUUGCUCGUCUUCAUCUCCAGGUUUGAGGAAGCGAUGGCAUUGCGCUUGGAGAAGGAAGCUGAAGCCGACUUUGCGACAUUGUACUUGAAGCCUAACUUGAAGACUCCAUCUAUCAUUGAAAGGCAGGCAGCAAGCAUCUACACAAGAGCGGUUUUCGAGGUGUUCCAGGAGGAGUUCAUCCAAUCGCUGGGCUAUCACGCUGAUAAAGUCGAGGAUGGAAUGAUCCUCAAGUUCAUUGUGGCCAGACAGGAAGACAAUGGCCGGUGCCAUAUGGUCACCUUCAACCAGUCAGACAAGCAAGCAAAAUGUUCAUGCUGCAAGUUUGAGUAUGCUGGUGUCCCCUGCAGGCAUGUGCUAAGGAUCUUCUUCAUGGUCUGGGUUCGGAGUCUACCGGAGGAGUACAUAGUGAAGCGAUGGACCAUGGAUGCUGUGGGUAGUAUUGCACCGGAUGAGCGAUCGGUAGAGCCACAACUUAGCUCUCCAGAGAGCCUAUGUGCUUGGUACAAUGAGCUUUGUGAGAACGGUUUGGCAUACGCAAUGAGAGGAGCCAUGUUGCCUGAUGUUUACAAGGUUGCAAAGGUUGCGCUUCAGAAGGCAUUUGCUGAUGUUGUGUCUGCGAAAAAUCAGCAAAUGAGUGAGCAGCAGAGUUGUUCAAGGCAACAGGACAUGCUUCAGCACAGAAUGCCUCUGCCCAAGCUCCAGGCGAAGAAGGCACCAACAAAGAAGUAG